GCUGCUGUUCUCUGUCAUUACCUCUCGGCUUGUAUUGCCGUGGUCACUGGAAGAGAUCUUGCCCAGGAAAACGUUGUUUGAGCUCUUUAACAUUUUGAUCACUACACAUUCAUGGGUAUAAAUGGAUGUGGUUACAAGUGAUAUGAAUUUGAAAUCAGAUAAAACUCCCAUAUGUAUUCAUCAUUCAUCUGUGAAUAUAUAAUGAAUGUUCAUCAUCAAUUCAACUAGAUAGGUAAAUCAUGUGUCCCAGGGUCAAGUGCGUGGUUUUCGUAGUUGAACACUAAACCUUCCACUCAUUCUGCAAGGAUGCCCAACUGCUUACCUGCUAGUAGGGGUGUUCAUCAGUUGAAAUCCAAUGGAUUUAGGUAGACCCGAUUUGAUCCAAUCAUCCAUUGGAUGUUGGAUUUUGUCAUCCCAUCCAAUCCAAUUAACAUUGGACAUUCGAUCCAAUCGAAUGGAUGAUUGGAUCAGAUCGGUUCCAUCCAUUAGAUAUUACUAUUGGUUAUCUAUUGGAUCGAAUUAGGUUCAUCCAAUAUUUUGAUCCAAUUUUCAACCAAUUAUUCAUACAUUUUUGUAACUUAUUGAAAAACAAUGCAUAUAAAUAUCAACUAGAAAACAAUGCCAUAAUAUUGUUAAUAAUUAUAUGUAGUUACUAAUAGAGUGGUAGUUGGAUAAUAAUUGGAUAGUCAUUGGAUUUGAUCAGUUCGGUUUUAUUGGAUGCUGAACUGCCAUCCAAGAACCGACUAAUCCAGUUUGGAUGUUGAAAUUUUGGAUCCGAUUCUAUCCAAUUACAAUUGGAUAUCCGAUUAUGGUCGGUCGGUUUAAAUUGAAUAAGAUGAUUUUCUAUACACCCCAACCUGCUAGACUAAAACUGUGGGGACACACAUGCAUUUGGUAUCUAGGCAGAUAUGUGCUAAUCUAUCUUGCUUGACAAAACCUCUAGUUGUGCUAUCUUUUGUGUGUAAUAGUUUUAUGGUUGGUUGAUCAAAUCACUUUUAAUUUCUUUAUGAUGAUGUAGAUUUGCAGUGCGGAAUAUGACAUGAUCACAUGCAUAUUCUUGGGGGUUCAAGUCGAACUAUCUAUGAUUGCUUUGGAUCUCUCUAUGAUUUUGGGCAUUGCACAUGCGCUUAAUCUUACAUUUGGCAUCGGUCUCUUUACUUGUGUCCUUUUGACUUCUCUCGACGCCUUCCUAUUUCCGUUCUUCUCCAAUUUGUUGGAGACCGGCAAAGCAAAGUUCCUAUGCAUGUGGUUGGCAACCGUUGCCUUACUUUCUUACCUCUUUGGAGUGGUCAUGAGCCAAAGGGAUACAUCGCUCUCCGUGGGCGGGAUGCUUACGAAAUUUAGUGGGGAAAGUGCAUUCACGUUGAUGAGUCUCCUCGGUGCAAGCAUCAUGCCUCAUAACUUUUAUCUCCAUUCAUCCAUGGUGCAGAAUCAGGGAUCAACGCAAGUUACAAAGGGAGAUCUGUGUCACGACCAUCUUUACGCCAUUGCCUGCGUGUUCAGCGGCAUUUUUCUCGUUAAUUACGUUCUCAUGAACUCGGCAGCAAACGUUUUCUACAGCACCGGUCUCGAUUUGCUUACUUUCCAAGAUGCAUUGUCUCUAAUGGACCAGGUAUUCAGGAGCUUUUUGGCUCCUUUCGCUUUAAUUCUUGUUCUGUUGCUUUCGAAUCAUACUACAGCAUUGACUUGGAAAUUCAGCGGACAAGCCGUCCUCCGUAAUUUUUUCAAAAUCGACAUUCCCGGUUGGUGUCAUCACUCGACGAUAAGAUUAAUUGCCGUGAUUCCCGCCUUAUUGUGUGCGUGGCAUUGGGGAGCCGAAGGUACUUAUCAGCUGCUGCUGUUUACUCAGAUUGUGGUGGCUCUUUUGCUUCCAUCAUCCGUGAUCCCACUUUUUCGUGUUGCUUCAUCGAGAUCGGUAAUGGGUGUGAAUAAAAUCUCUCAGUUUCUAGAGUAUUUGGUCUUGAUCACGUAUAUCGGGAUGCUCGGCCUCGCGAUUGUGUUCGUGGUGGAGAUGGUGUUUGGAAACAGCGAUUGGGCAAAUAAUAUGAGGUGGACGAUGGGGAGCGGGAUGUCGGUCCCAUAUAUCGUAGUUCUUGUGGCUGCGUUUUUUUCCAUCUCGCUUAUGCUUUGGCUUGUUGUGACGCCUUUGAAAUCAUCAAGUUUGAGAUCCGAUGCUCAGAAGUGGGACGUUCAAGAGAUUGUGCCCGAACCGGAAUCAUCGUUUGUUAAAGAGCCGAGAGAAAAGCUAGAAUCCUCGGCCCAUGAGAAGCCGUUGGAGUGUGAUUCUGAUUGUGAUUUUAGUUUGCCGGAGGAACUCCUAGACUACGAUAAUGGCUCGAAUCUGACUACGAUCGAAGAAAACUCUUUUGAUCCCGUGAUUUCAUCGCAGCCGGAUGAACCUGCGACGAUAGUGGAAAGUGUCUCGAGCCCAGUUGAUACUUGUCUGGUUUCUGAUGAGAGCGUUUUGAAGAAGGAAGACGACGAUUUAGUUGAAAAGACGUUGAGAAUUGAUGGGAAUAUGCGGAUUGUGAAAGACCAUGAGCGAGAAAUUUGGGAACCUGAAGAACCACCAAAAAUGGUGUCGGGUACGAACCAAUCUCCGACCUCUAACGGGCCAGGGUCGUUCAGGAGUCUUGGCGGAAAAAUCGACGACAUCGGGAGCGGGCCCGGAAGUCUUUCCAAGCUAGCGGGGUUAGGCCGUGCUGCAAGACGCCAAUUAGCCACAACGCUAGACGAUUUCUGGAAACUUCUAUUCGAUUUGCACGGGGAAGCAACGCAAGGCGCCAAGACGAACAAACUGGACAAGUUGCUCGGGAUAGAUUCGAAACCGAACACAAAGGCUAGCCCUGCUGCUUUGAAAACUGCUAACCUUGUUGACAAUGAGUUUAACGGCUACAACCCGCCUAUGACUAGCGGAUUAUCCGAUUCGGUUUACGGGGUGCCACGGGGGUCUUCUUCUUUGUUGUCGAGCUAUCAGCAAUUACUAGAUGCAUAUGCACAGAACCCGGCCCUCGGUGCGAUGGAUCCCGAGAAACGCUACCAUAGUCUCCGACUUCCACAAGCUUCGGGUGCGCCCAUUGAUCAGCCGGCUACGGUUCACGGGUAUCAGAUAAAGUCGUACAUAAAUCAAACUAAACAAAGAAGUUCCGACUACUUUCACAACCAAGUGGAGCCGGUAUCUCCUAAAUUAGCGUCGCUCGUUUCUGUGAACUACAAAGCUCCUGUUUCUAUGACGAAAACUCAACAAAACGGGCUAAGACCCGCAAAGCCACCGGGUUUUCCAGAUCCCGUUGUAUCUAGGAACAGCUCGAUGCAACCCGACAGAAAUAAUCACAAUCUUCAUCCCCCGGGCCCGGUUGAGAACGUGCACGAGAAGAAGUAUUACAGCAUGCCGGAUAUCUCGGGACUCCUUCCUCAUCGGGAUUCGAAGAUGUUACCUGAAAGGGAUGGUGCCACGAGAUACGGAACUCUUGGGCAAUCGGUGUAUUCCAGCCCUUUGUACAGAUCGGGGACUAUUUCCGGUUAUGGUGGAUUGUCGUAUUCGAAUUUAUCGAGGGAUGCUGCUGCUUACCAGCCGGUUUCCAGUUAUGGUUCAGGGUUAGUUUUCGGGUCAGGUUCGGACACUUGGUCCAUGUGGUCCAAACAACCGUCUGAGCAAUUUGGUGUGGCUGAAAAGGUGAACCCUCGUCCGGGUUUGAACGCUCAAGAAGCGGUCAUAUCUGCAGUAGAUGCUGAAGCUAAUCUUCUCAAGUCUUUUAGACUUAGUAUUGUGAAACUCUUGAAGCUCGAAGGUUCCGAAUGGCUGUUUAAGCAGAACGGUGGUCUAGAUGAGGAUCUUGUUGACCGGGUGGCAGCACGCGAGCAGUUCCUUUACGAAAUCGAGAGCAAUGAGUCGAACCGGGUGGCUCGUGGCGGAAUGAAAGUUGAUGAAGCUGAGUACAACAAGUAUCUCGUGACCUCAGUUCCGAAUUGUGGCGAGGGUUGUGUUUGGAGAGUCGAGUUGAUAAAAAGCUUCGGCGUUUGGUGUAUACACCGGAUUCUCGAGCUUUCGCUCAUGGAAAGCAGGCCGGAGCUUUGGGGGAAGUACACGUACGUUCUCAAUCGUCUUCAGGGAAUAAUUGAGCCAGCAUUCUCGAAACCUCGUAUGCCAACGAGCCCGUGUUUCUGCCUUCAACUUCCGGAUUCCUACCAACAGAGAUCAUCUCCGCCGAAAUCACUAACUAGUUUGCCGCCUCCGGCGAAACAGAGCAGAGGGAAAUGCACCACCGCUGCCAGUCUCUUGGACAUCGUCAAGGACGUGGAGACGGCAAUCUCGUGUAGAAAAGGUCGGCCAGGUACUGCUGCUGGUGACGUGGCGUUCCCGAAAGGAAAAGAGAACUUGGCGUCUGUCCUGAAACGGUACAAGCGGCGGUUGGUGGCGGUCGGUGGAGAGGGACAUGGUCGGAGCCCGUAAGUCCCCGGCUGCGAGUUUGAUCUGUGUGUUAAAGUGGAAUCUUUGAUCGAGUUGUUUGAUAUUGAUGAACGACUUGAUCUUCCACUCUUUGUUAGCUUCCAGGUUUUAGAUUAUGUUGCAGAAUGAAGGGGGGAUGAUGAUGAUGAUGAUGAUGGAUAAUGGAUGAUGGUGAUGGAUGAUGGAUGAUGAUGGAAGUAGAAUAAUAUGGAACGUUUUUUUGGUAGAUCUAAAUCAAUGUCGUUAUGUGGUGUAAAUAUUUUUAUGCUAGCGACACAAUGAUCUACGAUACUAUCAACCUCAGACGAUUGUUUUUUUUUUUUUUGGAACUUGUUACGUAUUUAUAUAUUUUCACGUAUUUUUUUAAAUAAUAAAUAUGUUAUCUGGUUUUUUUUAAA